AUGUUGAACAGCAAGAAGCAUGCAGCUUCUUCUUCUGUCAGGCAAAACAUGGAGGCCAAUGCCUCGGUUCAGGGGGUACUUUCAUCAUCCUCAUCUGAAGUAGCUAAUCAAAACAAACACUCCAGUGAGAAGAUUACACCUACUUCAACCAAGACAAGCAACACCAAAAUCACAUCUGCAGAAGCUAAAUCAGGCCAUAAGCCAAAGAUGAGGCAAACUGUAAAUGGGAAGGAGGAUACUGAAGACCCUAAGAAGGAUCCAUAUUCACAUUCUAACCUGCUGGGCAAUCCUAGGAAGAUUAAUUUCGACCUCAAUAAGGAUGAUGCCAAGUUAGUGCCAGAAAAUGCAACCAACCUGAAGGAUACUUCUUGCAGCAGUAUUCUAGGGGAGGAAAAGACGUCAAUGGCCAUCGAUAACUGCUGA